UCUAAAUUUUGGGUUAAAUUUUUGAUGGAUGGAUAGAUGUGUGAUAUAGAUAUGUAAGAAUGUAUUUAUUUGAUUUGGAUUUGGAUUAAAUCUGGAAAUAUGUUAUUGUUGGUCUUGAUUGUAUAUGAAUACAAUGAUGAUGAUGGUUGCUGGUGUUGAACGAGAACAAGAAGAACAACGAAAUGACAAAGCUGCCCCUCACUUAACGGACUAAGUAGACGGCGUUUGUUCACGGAGUGCAAAGUGAAAAAGUUGACCAACUUCAAGGUUUUUUUUGUAAUUAAUUCACUUAAGGGCAAUAACUGAAAAUCUUUCCAACUUAAGGGACCAAAAAUGUAAUUUUCUCAAAAUUUAAUUGAAAGUUUGAAACUGUGCGUAAAACCCCGUUUCUGGCUUCAUUUGCAUAAAUUCGAUUAAUUGAAUUUGAGUUUCAGGGUUUAGGGUUUGAAUUGUCACACUAAAAUGGCAGCUUGUUCUAUCAACACUUUAUCACUCCAUUAUCCCACAAAAAUUCACCAAUUUCCCAAUUCUCAUAAACAUUCUCUUCUUCAUUUCAAUCCAAUUCUCAACCUUUCUUCAAAACCCACUUCAAUUAUCACAUUUUACAACAAACCCAUCUCAAAGUACCCCUUAAUCAUCUCUACACAUCCACCCCACAAAGGAAUCACCAAGAUUUUGUCAGAAAAGAUUGUUUUUUUACUUGUUGGGUCAUUCAUUUUCAUGGGGUUUUUCAACAAGAAACCUGUAUUAGCACAAACUACUCAAACUCAAAGUCAAACCCAAAGCCAAAGUCAAAGUCAAGAGGUUGAUGAGGAAGAGAUGAUGUAUAUGAAGUUAGUGGAAGAUAAUCCAAAAGAUGUUGAGAUUUUGAAAUCUGUGUUUCAUUGGAAAAUGAAAAGAGGGAAAACUAAAGAGGCUGUUGAGUAUGUUGAGAGAUUAAUUGUUAUUGAGCCUAAAGAAGUUGAGUGGAGGCUUUUGCAAGCUUUGUGUUAUGAGAUGAUUGGUGAUUAUGGUAAAGCUAAGAAUUUGUUCAGAAAUAUUUUGAAAGAAAGACCCCUUUUGCUUAGAGCUUUGCAUGGCCUUGCUAUGGUAAUGCAUAAGAAUCUAGAGGGACCAGCUGUGUUUGAGAUGCUGAAUAAGGCUUUGGAAAUUGCUCGUCAAAGGAAAAAAGUCUCAGAUGAAAGGAAUAUUAGAAUACUAAUUGCACAAAUGCAUGUUGUGAAGGGGGAGUUGGAUGAUGCGUUGAAACUAUUCAAAGAUCUUAUAAAUGAGAAUCCCAGGGACUUUCGUCCCUAUCUUUGUCAGGGAAUCAUCUAUAGCCUUCUUGAUAAAAAGGAAGAAGCCGAAGAACAGUUUUUGACAUACCAAAGUCUCCUGCCAGAUGAAUUUCCUCAAAGAGGAUUCCUAGAUGAUGUUGUUUUGGCAGCAAAAAGAGAAAUACGACAAAGGCACAAGAAAGGUGUGAAACCCGAGUUUUUAUACAAGAAAUAAAUACCCGGUUGCGAUGUUAGCCAGAUGUCACCAAGCUGAUGGUGUCAUGUUCUUUGUUGUGACUUCCCUUUUCCUAGUUGAAAAUAGAUUAGGUUAGCAACUUUUGUAUCAUGUAGUUAAAAGUAUCUGGUUUCAAAAAGAAGUAUUCUUUGGCAAGUGUUUAUACUUUCAUAUAUCUAAUUUAUAGAUCAGUUUUUCCA